AUGCCAAAAACCACAAUACCAGCAUCAAACACUAGGCGGCAACGUUCCACUCGAUCAGUGACUGGGUGUUUAACAUGCCGUCGCCGCAAGGUGAAAUGUACGUCCCGAACGACGCCUUGUGACCCUUGCCGUCGACUUGGCCUUUCAUGCGACUCUCCUUUGGACCAGAAUUUCAAGUCGUGGACGAGCAAAAGAGACAGCCGAGGUGCCUCUUCGCCAGCUGGGAACUCCAACAGCCCGGCACAAAUCUCGUCGGUACGAGAAGUAGCCACGACUGACGUGGAACAUGGUGGUUUGACGGCAUCGGGGCACAAUCCCGGAAACUUAACCGCUGAUGAAACGAGGGGAGGUUUACAUCAUGAUACCUCUGGGACGGACUUGUCGUUUAAUUUGCUGGACUUCAUCUUCUCCGACCUUGCCACCGAGAUUGCACCUAUGGACUUCAACCAGACCAGCAGUGCAGACUCCUUUUUCAAUAUUGAUUGGACGACGCAACGAAGUCAUGAAACCCAGAGCGCCCAGGAAGAUCCGCAGGAAAACGAGGACAGCGAUCUCGCAAUGCCAGGACUACCCGCAGACUCGUUGCAUCGACAAGCAAAUCCAGGACUAACUAUAGCCGCGGCUUCCCAAACGGACAGAAUAGGCAACAAUACCAUGUUCCGCGUCCCUGAAUGGUUAUCUACUAAGAAAUCGAUUUGGACGUGUUUCCAUUACUUGAUCAAUUCUGCCCAGGCAGUCCCGAAUUCGCCUCUUUGCCACGCUAUCCUCGGCUGGGCGUAUGCUUACUUGGCUCAUUUGAACGCUGGCCCUGAUGGACCGAGAGCAGAGCAUUAUGGAACGGCAUCAGCAGCUAUUCGUAUUUUGUCACAAGAUUUGUCCGGAAAUGCCGUACCCAGUCAGUCCUUGUGGCACGGUACGAGUAGGUCGGAUCUAUUGUCAUUAUAUGCGUCCAGCACAUUCUUUCUAUGUCAACAUGAUCUCAUGACUGGUGAUUUUGAUUCAUUCAUCGACAGAUUGCGAGAUGCCAAGCAAAUAUUCACCCGGAUGUGGGCAGAGGGCACUACUGCGGGACCUGUCGAAUGCCGCAUUUUCAUUUGGCUAGCUUUCUUGGAGUUGAGAUUCUACUUCUUGGGAGGGGAGGCGCUUGUGGAUGUUGGCGCAGAGAAAGAUUUCAUGACUAUUCUCAUGGAACUGAAGGCACUGCCGCUUCUUCGUCGACGUCGGACGCAAAAUUCAAUUCUCAGCGAAUGUUUUGGAAACGGACUACCACAAGAAGAGAAUGAAGAGGACUUGCGAAAAGACCGAUGCCGCGCCAAGUUUGACGAAUUGAUGUUUUACUUAGCAAAGUGCCGAAGUUUCGAGGUCUGGGACAAAAGAUUCAGGGAGCAAUAUGAAGCCGGGGACGAGAUGGUUCGGGAGCUUCGCCAGGCAAAGGUAGAAGCGCUCGAGGCCGAUUUGCGCAGGCUUCAAGCAGAAUGCGAGCUGGCUUUUCCAUCGUCGCAGAGCAGCUGCCUCAAAAAUGGUGCUAUUGACAGCGCUACUUUUCACAAGCUCACUGUUGAUGCUUUACGCUCUUGCACUUACAUUAUGUUCAAGCGAACUGUGGAUCUCGACACGCGGGUGAACUCACAAUGCCAAGCUGCAGUAUCAGAUAUUGUACGCAUCGCACGUCUGCUUCGCAGCACGAAAUUUCUCCGCUCUCCCAGAUCUACUAUUUGGCCGCUUCCCAUAUUUGUCGCUGGAAUAGAAGCUACUGAUGGCGUGUAUCAGGAUUGGAUACUCCAAUACAUGAAAGAAUUGAAUCCCUGGGGAGCUCACGUAGAAAGAAGCACGGAGCUACUGGAGCGCAUCAUGACACAACAGGAAACUACAGGUCACAGGGUGAAGCUGACGGAACUUGGCAAACUUGUACAAAAAUCUAAUGUUCUAUUAUAA